UCAUGGACUACGUAGACCUCAUCCUGUCCGCUGCAACAGAGAUCUACAAAUUGGUUGAGACUGUGAAGGCGAAUAAAAACCGCUGCCGCCGUGUUUCUGACCGAGUCGAAGCCUUGGUGAGUCUGGUGACGUCCUUCCAGGAGAGAAAAUCGGUCCAGAGAUCUGACGAGGUCCAGAAAACCCUUGAGGAACUGGUUGAAACUCUAAAAUUAGCUCAAAAGGUCAUUGAGAAAUACACAUCGGCAAACUUGGUUAAGCGCAUCCUGAAAGCCAACACCCACACGGACAAGUUCGAAGAUCUGAACAACCGCCUCAACGACGCCUACAAGGUCCUGGCUUUAGCUCUGCAUUUGGAGGAGGGGAAUGCAGUUCGCAUCGUGUUUGAUGCGAUCAAGCAAAUGCAUGAAGACAUGAAGGAUGGGAAGGAGGAUGACGCGGAGCUGAAGGAAUUGCUCCUGGAACAUGUGGAGGACUUGGAGAGGGAACUCCAGGACGUCAAAAGCGGUGUGAACAAAAUCGUGGAUUUGCUGGACAAGCCAAAAGUCCCAUAUGAAAACAUUCGGAAGAUUAAACCGGAGGAGCUGAAGUAUAUCCCAGACUUUCCCAGGAAGCCCUUAACGACGACUCUCACCUCAGAGGUCUACAAGGGUCAAUAUAAUGGCAACAUGGUGGCCAUUAAGAGAUUCACCGAGCCCUUGAUCACCAGCCCAAGGAAGGUGGAGUCCAUCUUCAAUAAGGAGGUUGACGUCAUGAAACGUUUAGACUCGCAACACAUCCUGCGGAUGUUUGGUAUCUGCAUCCAGAAUGAGGAGACGCUAAAACCAGAAUUCUUCCUCAUCACGGAGUACUGUAAAGAGGGAAGUCUUCGUGAUGUUCUGAGCUCUACGUGUGAACUUUCGUGGAUGAUGAAGGUUCGCAUGUGUUCGCAUGCUGCCAUCGGCCUCUAUCAGCUGCACCGAAUCAAUGAAAAAAGCCGGGUUCACGGGUGCAUCGACAGCAGCAAGUUCCUCGUGGCUGAAGGCUACAUACUCAAGCUGGGAGGUUUUGAGUUGACAAAAACAGAGACUUCACUGAAGAAGACGACAACCGAAAAAGAGAUCAGGUCCCUGUGUUACUCGUCUCCCCAAAUACUCAGCGACAUCAACCACCCCUACAGCAAAGAGUGUGAGAUCUACAGCUUUGGAAUCGUCCUGUGGGAAAUUGCAACGCGUAAGAAACCUUUUGAAGGCUGGUCCAGUGAAGAGAUUUUAAACAAAGUGGGGCACAAGGAAUACCGGUACAAGGAGCCACUUCCCCCCGACUGCCCUCCAGGCCUGACGGAGCUCGUAGACGCCUGCCGGGACUUCGACGCCUUCCAGAGGCCGUCGGCUGGAGUGUUGAUGGAUAAACUGCACGGACUGGUGGACAAGUUAGAGGAAGCUCUUGUGGCAUCUGUGAGCGAGGCCUGAACUGCACACGGCUCUGAGCAUCAGGCAUUUCACAGUUUUAGAUGAUUUCUCUCGGGAUCGACUGAACAACGCAGAAGAUUUUAACUGAAUAUUUUAUAUCUGACAAACUCUUGUGAAAUGACAUCAUCAAAUUUCAAGUUUACAAGAGGACCGCUCUAUUGAGAAAAAAAACAAAAAAACAAA